AUGGAGGUUGGGACGUUGAUCCGGGUCCCGGACGACCCGCAGGCUGCCCCCGGUCAAGCUGGCGGGUACCAAAUACCUGUGAGUAUCAAGGGGGGUACCUAUCAGGCUUUGGUGGACUCAGGAUGUAACCAAACCUCUGUACAUCAAAGCCUGAUUUUGUCCGGGGCAUUGGAUGCAAGCCGCUUGGUUAAGGUGAGGUGUGUGCACAGGGAUGUGGUGAGAUAUCCGUUAGUGCCCGUCAUUAUUCAAUUUAGGGGUCAAAAGCAUAGUGUGGAGGUGGCAGUUAAUCCACACCUCCGGCAUCCGAUAAUUUUGGGUACGAAUUGGCCUGCAUUUAAUAAAUUAUUGGGGUGCUUAUGCUUGGAUGCCUCUUGGGAGGACGCCAAAAAUUGGGAUAAGUGGUUGGAACCUCUGUUAUUUGCAGUGCGAGAAGUCCCGCAAGCCUCCACGGGGUUUUCCCCCUUCGAGCUUCUUUUUGGACACCAGCCCCGCGGGGUAUUAGACGUCCUAAGAGAGACUUGGGAGGACGGACCAUCUCAGGCCAAAAAUGAAAUUCAGUAUGUGCUGGACUUGAGAACAAAACUCCACACGUUGGGGCGGCUGUCUAUGGAGAAUUUGUUACAAGCCCAGCACAGACAGAGCCAGCUGUAUGACAGAGGAACUAACUUACGCAAAUUUUCACCGGGAGAUAAAGUACUUGUAUUGCUUCCCACUUCAAGCUCGAAAUUACUUGCAAAGUGGCAAGGACCAUUUGUGGUUACACGGCAACUGGGCGAGCUCGAUUAUGAGGUUGUGCGUUCCGAUAGGAGGGGAGCACGUCAGAUUUACCACCUCAAUCUCCUUAAAAAAUGGAAUGAGGCGGAAUCAGUGAUGCUGGCGACGGUGAUUAGCGGAGAGGAUGAUCUCGGGCCAGAGGCGAAUAUCAAAAAACAGUCCCUCGCUCUGGCCCCCGGGGGAGAUCACCUCUCGCCCUCACAGCUCACUGAUUUAUCUAAGUUACAAGCAGAAUUUGCCGACGUGUUUUCUCCCCUACCGGGCCGUACAAACCUCAUUCAGCACCACAUCGAGACAGAGCCGGGCGUGGUGGUUCGCAGCCGGCCGUAUAGAUUGCCUGAACACAAGAAAAACGUAGUUCAGGCAGAAUUAGGGGCUAUGCUUGAAAUGGGAGUAAUAGAAGAGUCCAGCAGUAACUGGGCAAGCCCGAUAGUUUUGGUUCCCAAGACGGACGGCUCAGUUCGGUUCUGUGUGGACUACCGCAAGGUGAACACAGUGUCGAAAUUCGACGCGUAUCCAAUGCCUCGGGUGGACGAGUUGCUUGACCGGCUAGGUACGGCUCGAUUUUAUUCGACACUGGACUUAACGAAAGGGUAUUGGCAGAUCCCCUUGUCGCCAUUAUCCAAAGAAAAGACAGCUUUCACGACGCCGUUUGGAUUGCACCAAUUCGUUACCCUUCCGUUCGGGCUACUGACGAGUCGGACAGAGGGCUGGGUGCUGUCCUGUCCCAGGAGAUAG